CUGGGAGAAGCCGGAAGUGACGUCCCUUUCUCUCCUCUGGUGUCUGGAGCCGCAGCUGGUCCCGGAUAGAGCUGCAGCCAUGCCUCGCAAAAUCGAAGAGAUCAAAGACUUCCUGCUGACGGCCCGAAGGAAGGACGCCAAAUCUGUGAAGAUUAAGAAGAACAAGGACAACGUGAAGUUCAAGGUGCGCUGCAGCAAAUAUCUGUACACUCUGGUCAUCACCGACAAAGAGAAGGCAGAGAAGCUGAAACAGUCCCUUCCUCCCGGUCUGUCAGUGAAAGAACUGAAGUAAAUCCUUUCCUGCUCCUUUCCUUGUUCAAUAAAAAAUGUAAAAACCAAAAUGAA